GAUUAACAAAUAGCAAAAUGGCGACCAUCAAGAGUCCAAUGUUGAAUGGGGGGCAGCCAACCAAGGACUUGGAUGUGCCGUUUUCUCAAAAUGAUUCUAGCCGUCAAAGCCGCCCUCUUGUCGAAACAAAACAAGCCGUCUUGUUGAAGAUUGUGAUCGUGGUCCUGUUAGGCAUCAACUUUAUCCUGGCCUUAGUUGCGGUGGCUUUGGCAGCCGCACCCCAGGUAGACACCGACGGAGACCAGUGCAACGGGUGGAAGAAUAAUGCGUCAGCUAGCUUCACAGAGCUUCUAAAUCAGGUAACAGAUGACGAAGUGGGCAAACCUCAGAUGCACUAUUUAGGAUGGGGAAGAAACUUUGAUCCGGAUGCUGACCCGCAUCUAGAGGAGACCAGGGAAAGAAGUGAACAGGCUCAUUUCAUCACGCAUAUUCCAUGUCCUGAAAAUGACCCUAAGGAUACCAAUGGUUACGAAACCCUAUGCUGGAACCAAACCUGUGAAAAGUCCUUCUGUAACUCGCCGCUGAAGUACGAGUCCGGCAAGAUACGAGUGCACAGCGCGGCGUAUUACUUCAUCUACAGCCGACUGUUAUUUGACGUGUCCAAUGUGACGGAAGAAUGGAUGUCGCUGACACACGAUAUUAUGCGACAGCAAGGGAGUAGAACCCAACUAAAGAUCCUGGAAACGCAGAACGUCAUUACGGAACCACGGAAAGACAAUGUACGCAGUUAUCUGGGUGCUGCCUUCUAUCUGUUCGGAGGGGACCUCAUAUCUGUACGAGUGAACACACGAAGUCGUCCUUACUUGUCUCACGAAGACGUUUAUUUCGGAAUGUUCAGAAUAUAAAGAUACCGAUCUUUUGAAAACUUGAUGUUUUGAUUUCGCAUUCAUCUAUCCGUUCUUUCCUUUGUUGCUUUGAGCGCUUUGAGGGAUCUCGAGGAUUCUCAUACAGACCUCAUCUCUAGACAAAAACCUAACCUUAACCACCCUCUCUCUAAUCCUAACCCUCUUCAUAGUCUAAGCUUAAUCUCUUUCUAACCUUAGCUCACCUAUAACCCUAUCUUAAUCCUAAACAAUUCUAACCCUGCUCUAUCUCUAACCCUAGCCUAACUCUAAGCCAACCCUAACCCUAACCUUGCCAUUAACCCUCUCCGUAACCUUACCCUCACCCUCUCCCCUACCCUCUCCCUAUAACCAUCGCGAUAAUAUUCACUAUAGAUAUAGAACUCCAAGUGUAGGAAUUCAUGUGUUGAACAGGGUGAGGGGCGAGGGGGAGAAAGGAAAGAGGCGACGAUAACAGACGUUCUUUGUAA